AUGUAUUUAACUACAGCGAAAAUCUUUGUAAUUCUUAUGGUGUCAAUCACCAACAUUUGCUCGAUUUGGACUGAUGCAGUUCCGAAUCCUGCCGUUAGAAGUGUACCACGUUUUCGUCCUGUUGUGCCACGACAGCAACUUCCGACAGUCAAAAAGGUCGAAAUUUUAAAUUGGGCCAAAGCUCAAGAAUCCGAGUAUGAUUCCACGGAUGCCAUGCUUAUAAAGAAUUUUACAUACUCACCUCUACAAUAUCAUUCAACGUGGCAAGGUAACACAGUUCAUCCCUUACGUGACGCAGCCAUUUAUGCAGUCGCUCUACUUGACAGCGAAGACAAUGGAAUGGAGAAGCGAGCAUUCGAUGUUUUGAGGAAAAUCUUAUUAUUACAGGACACGAAAAACGAUUCGAAAACAUAUGGAAUUUGGCAAUACUACUUGGAAGAACCUCUGGAAAAAAUGUCUCCUCCAGAUUGGAAUUGGGCUGAUUUUAUAGGUACACAAUUGUUACAAGUUGUCAUCAAUCAUCAUGAGCGUCUACCAACAGAUUUGGCUACAAAUAUGGCGACGGCACUUAUUCACGCUGCUCGUUCCAUUCAAAGACGUAACGUUGGACCGAGCUAUACGAAUAUUGCUGUCAUGGGUGCUCAUGUCACACUGGCCGUGAGUGAAAUUUAUAAUAUUACGGACUUACAUCAAUAUGCACUAAGGCGUCUACGAAUGUUUGCUAAUUAUACGAAGGAAAACGGCGGCUUUGAAGAAUACAACAGUCCAAGUUAUACAGUUGUUGUUGUUGAAGAAUUAGGACGACUAAGAAUGCAUGCAGUCGUCCCUGAAGCUCAACAGCUCGCUGCAGAACUCUACUAUAUAGCUUGGAAGGAAAUUAUUGACCAUUAUCAUCCAUCGACUGGACAAUGGGCUGGUCCACAUUCUCGCUCAUAUCGUACUAUUCUGGGUGAUGGACAUGUUAGAUUUCUUAAGCGGUCUAUGAAGAAUGAAUUGGAUCCACGUCUACCAUUACCUGUUCCCGAUGCUUUAAAACCGAUUUUUCUAUCAAAUACAACUAUACCACAUACGGUGAUCAACACAUAUGCUAAAGGUGUUCCGAAUACGAGACAAGAUUUAAUCGGCACAACCUAUCUAGAUGUUUCUUGGACGGUUGGAAGCAUUAAUUGGGGUGAAAUGUGGAAUCAACGACGACCUCUAGUAGCAUACUGGACUACCAAGGACAAAACCUCAUAUUUUCAACUGAGAUUCUUACAUGAUGGUAAUGACUUUUCAGAUGCACAAUUUUUUAGUGUACAAAAGCAAGGUCAAAUUUUGGCUGGUCUGGUGUUGGCAACAGACGGAGGUGACAAGCACAUCAGUUUGGAUAAAAUUAAAAAUGCUACAAUAUCAGCAGCCGAUCUUCGUCUACGUUUUGAAAUUGGCGGUAGCGAUGCAACGAAUGCUUCAGUAACAAUUCCAAUCAUUGCAAAUCCAAUCAAAUUAAAAUUUGGUAAUAUGUCACUACAAUUGGCAAUGCCAAGUAUACAUUUCGAUAACCACAGUACUCAAUAUUUCAACGUCACCAGAGGCAAGGAUCAUGUUUAUAUUGACUAUAUACUGUUUAAUGGUGCUAGAAAAAAUAUUCAACUGGACACAUUGAAAGCAGCCGCCGUUAUCGUAGCAGCACAGUUUUCUAACGGUGAGAGUCCUUGGAGUCAGACAAUGACUACUUUACAAGGGGAUUUAACGCAAACGAAAUGGCAAGACUUGUGUCUCGCAAUACAAACCAAACCAAGCACCGUCGCACAGUUGCGUAAAACUGUUAAAUAUGGUUGUCAAUAA